CAGUGGAUCACUGAUCAACGGAAAGAGCCGAAGAUGUCGGCUUGGUCAUGUGAUCAGCUGUGUCCAAUCACAUCUGAUCACAUGGGACAUGUACACUGAUCAUCAGGGCACUGAUGAUCAGUGUGCCCUGAUGAUCUGUGUAGCCCCAGCAGUGCCACAUUUCAGUGCCUACCAGUGCACAUCAAUGCCACAUAUCAGUGCCCAUCUCAUUUGCCUAACAGUGCCAGUCAGUACUGCCUAUCAGGGCCAUAUAUGAGUGCUGCCUUUCAGUGCCCAUCAGUGAUGCCUGUCAAUGCCCAUCGGUGCCAUGUACCAAUGCCUCCUCAUCAGUGCCAGCUAUCAGUGUCCAUCAGUGCAGCCUAUCAGUGCCCAUCACUACAGCCUCAUUAG